ACAACAACUAGAGACCUGCGUUUGCCCAGGUGGGCGGUGAGCGUCGCGCCUAUAAAAGACGCUCCGCUUUCGUCCUCGACAGAAUUCCCAAGUUCACUCGUCACAAUGCUCCGACACAUGCUGAUCGCAGCCCUUCUUGCGGCAGCCAGCUUCUCUGCUGUGCUGGCCCAGGCUCAGGACCAAACGGUGGACCAGGCUGUGGACCAGGCGCUGGAGCAGGCGCUGAACCAGGUGGCUGACAACGAGUGGCUCUCCGCCGAGAGCAGCACCGACGGCGACGACCUGUUCCUGAGCGUGGAGGAGGACGCCGUCGCCGAGCCGGAGGUGGUCUGGUACUCCGUGGAGGAGCAGCAGCCCCAGCCCAGCAGCUCGGAGUCCGAGUCCGACUCCGACUCCGAGUCGUCGGCGUCCUCCGACGAGCAGCGUGCCGGCCGUCCCGGUCGCCCUGGCCCCCCUGCUCCCGGCCGCCGUGGCCCCCCUGGCCCCCCUUCCGCCGGCCGUCCCGGUCGUCCCGGUCGCCCUGGCCCCCCUGCCGGCCAGAGGCCUGCAGUCCCCACCAGAGCGUAAGCUAGCGUAAGGUGGGCCCGGCUGGGCCUCCUUGCCGCAUUUCAGCAUCAGUACAGUACUUUGGUUUCGCGGAAUCCUUUGUGGUUGUAAAAAACGUCACAGCGAAGUUUCAAAAUAAAAUUAAUUUAU